AUGGCGCUGCCAGCCGAUGUGCUGGCAAAGGUGCUGGCCUUUGUGCCGGCCGACCUGCAAAUGACCUCAUCGCUGAGGGUGGCCAGCAAAUACGCCAAAGAGCGUGUGGACACAAGAUGGUGGACAGCGCAGGUGCAGGACAUGAAAGCCUUUAUGGAUGGACAUGCAUGUUUAUUUGCCGCUGACCCAGUGUCAGUGGAAGGGAAUGAAGACGUCUCCAUCGAAGAGCAGCAAGAAGCAUUUGCUCGGAAUAUUUUGCUCUGGGUAAAGCCACUCCUGGUGAAUCAGCCGUGGAGUUCUGAAGUCCAUGACCAUGAAGUCCAUCAUGAUGAUGAUGAUGAUGAUGAUGAUGAUGCCACAGGUGAGAUCACUCCUCGAGCCGCCCACAUCAAUUUGAGAAGAGCGAUGACAAAUUUGAGCGAGAGAAGGAAUGGAGUGCUCCAAGACAUUCGCCAACAAGCACGUUUCAUUGAGGGCCGUCAUUUGAGGCAGAUGGAGGCCGACAUGGAAGACGAGGCAGAAAUGAUGACCAUUUUGAUGCAGCAAGGGAUAUCUGAAGAACAGGCUCAUGCAGUGUGCAGGCAGAUUCAGCAGCGGGGCUUGAUGGACCCCUCAGACCGCUCCGAUGAGACUUCUUGGAUCACUUUUGCCUGGAGGGUGUGGAACUGGGAGCAAGUUUCGUUAGCAUUCCACAUUGAAGGUUUAGCAGAUCACCUGCAGUGGAUCAUUGCUCAGCUCUUGACCGCUCUGGUGGCCAAUGAGCACGGCCUCUCCGCCAUGAGUGCUUUGAACCUGGAGACGCCCUUGGUGGCACUCUUGGAGCUUCCAACCGCCACACUGCGUGUGCCGGUGAUGUUGGUGCUUUGUGCCAUGAGUUCCAACCAGGCCAGCGUCAGUAAGUCAAGAUGGUUUCUUCAUGUCCAUUCAUUUGCUUGCUAUCGCCCACUUGGCUGCUACCUCAUGGCGUUCCGGGCCGAUGUGCUGCCAAAGGUGCUGGCCUUUGUGCCGGCCGACCUGCAAAUGACCUCAUCGCUGAGGGUGGCCAGCCAAGACGCCAAAGAGCGUGUGGACACAAGAUGGUGGACAGCGCAGGUGCAGUGUGUGAAAGCCUUUGUGUAUCGACAUGUGAUUUUGUUUGCUGAUGAUCCAGAGAUAGAGGAUGAAGAUGUGACCGUUGAAGAGCAGCAAGAAACAUUUGCUCGGAAUAUUCUGCUCUGGAUAAAGCCACUCCUGGUGAAUCAGCCGUGGAGGUCUGAAGUCAAUGAUGAAGAAGUCCGUGAUGAUGCCACAGGUGAGAUCACUCCGCAAGCAGCCUACAGGAAUUUGAGAACAGCACUGACAGACUUGAGUGAGAGAAGGAAUGAUGUGCUCCGAAACAUUCGACAACAAGCACGUUUCAUCGAGGGCCAUCAUUUGAGGCACAGCCACACUGCCAGGCAGGCCCUUCAUACAAUGGUUUCCCAGACCGAUCGGAGGCAGAUGGAAGCUGACAUGGAGGACAACAUUCCACCUGCGUUUGCCAACCUUGAGACCAGUGAGAUGGAGAUCAGAAGUGAAGAUGCCAGGUCUGGAUCCUUUGCCCACACUGAAAUGACCAGAGAAGGAGUUCCCAGAGAUGAACUCAUCACCAUUUGCAGCCGUCUCGGAAUUUCGAUUGAAGUUGCCCAGGAAUUGCUCUCAACCAUGGAACAGCGGGGGCUGCUGGCGUAUCCGAGAUUUGUCGACCCCUCAGAGGGCAGGUCGGAGGCUGCAGAGUCAGCAAGUUCCUCACAGGUCAUGGAGCCUUUGAUUGACCCCCGUUUGAUGCAGCAAGGAAUCGAUGAUGGCACGGUUCCGGACGCGCGUGCCAAGGACGUCCCUCGGGAGGCGAAAAUCCGAGAGCGGGACACCAAUGAGCUCUUGCUUAGAGAGGGGAAUGUUACCCAUACAGAAGUUGACAGGUUUGAGAGGAAUGGGGCACCACUGGAAGAACAAGCUCAAAGCCCUCUAUGUCCUACUGCCACAGAGAUAGAGUGUACGCGGAUGAUCCGUUCCUGGGCAGCUCUAGACGGACGCCAAGCAGUAGACAAGGGUGGCUUCACAUAUUUGCAUUGGGCAGCUAGAAAUGGAUACGAGACUCUGGUGGAACAGUUGCUCCAGGCUGGUGACAAGGAAGCAGUAGACGAGAAUGGCAUGACCUGUUUGCAUUGGGCAGCUCGACAAAGACACCAGAAUGUGGUGGAACAGUUGCUCCAGGCUGGUGCUAACAAGGAAGCAGUAGACGAGAAUGGCGAGCUGUCAGGUCUUAAUGAAGAGCGAGAAGUGCGGAACCUCAUCGGGUGGGUCACGGUGUUUGUGCUUUGCCCGUUCCUGGGCGUGCUGCGGCGCAUGGAGAAGAAGCUGGGCACCGUGGGCGAAGCGCCCCCCGUGAAGGAUGAAGUGGAGUACUUGGUGUGCAUCCUCGAUCGCAGUUGUUGCCACCCUGAGCUGGCCAAGAUUGCUCAGGAACAACUCUUCAGGCUGCUUUGCGUUCUGCCUUCCAGGGCUGAGACCUUGGCGGCGCGCUUGAUGGCCCUGAGGGCGUUGAGUCGAUGCUCCUUCGUGGCGCCUGAGUGCAUGAACGACUUUGGCGUCGAAGGCGUCGCGUGUCUUCAGUACAUCAUGGCCGUGUCCUCCUGCCUCAGCCUCGGCCGCUCCGAAAAGGCCGAGAAGGCCGUCGCCGACUUUGACAAACUGGAGGGCAACAAACUAGAAGCCACCGCGGCCGAAUUGAUGAACAAGCUGGUGGCCCUUCUUCAUGUGCUGUUGUGCUCGAUGUUCCGCCAUGGGCGACCACCUCAUGCCUACUCGAAGGACCCGGAAGAGGCCAAGGAAAAGGCCAACGGAGGCUUCACGGAUGCAGAUGUGAAGCCGGCGGUGGAAGGCUUGAUGCAGGUCCUGGACAAAGUCCAAGCGCUUCUCCUCUUGGGUGGCACCGAUCAGACCGGAGAACAGAAGCCUGGCUCCACCUAUUUGGCGGACCUCUUGGCCUCUGACAUUCGCGUGCUCUUCUACCUCACGGCCUUGCUCCGUGAAGCCUCAUGUAAGCCCUUGGAGUCGCCCUUCCUGCGGGUCACGCGCUCCACCGCCUACUUCGACACCUUGAGCGCCUGCAUUAACCUCGCCCUGAAGCGCUUCCAACGCGAAAGCAAAGGACCUCCACCGCGAGAUCUUUGUGCUAAGAAGGGAGGACCAACGGACAGCCCCGUGUCUCAGCACAUGGAUGAUUUCGACCUGGGCCUCAUCUUCGAACAUCUCAUCGUCUGUUUGCGGCACACCUUGGUGCAGGCCAUGUACGUGGCGCCCGAAGUGUCGACGAAGCUGCUGCCCUGGGCGUGGAUCUCACAGGAGCGUUUGCUCAUGCACCGGGAGGUGAUGACAUGGCUUCCUCAGAUCGUCAAGCGGUACAAGGAAGUGUCGGCCAUCCGCACGGAGACCUUGCGCUACUUCGCGUGCGCCGCCAGCUACGAGUGCGCCCCCUUCGCACGGCCGGAGGACGCGGCCUUCGAGAUAGAGGACGAGAAGGCUGCUGCAGGCGCUCCUGGCGCUGCUGUUGCGGACGACCCCACGCUGGGCCGCAUGCAGGUGGACGCCGACGCCGCAGCAGCUGCCGCGGUGGCCGACGCGGCGGAGGCCGCGGCGGCGGAAGCGGCGGUGGCGACAGCAGUGGCUGAGGCCGGUGGCGUGCCCACCGUCGGGGAGAGCGAAGCGUCGGAGCAGGGCAUCCGCCGACCCUUUGGGGGCUUGGUCUCCCUGCGGCAAAGCGAACUGCGCAACUUCCUGGCUGAGGAGCUGGAGCGAUCCAACGACAUGUACGCGCUGUGCCUCUCGAUGCUUUGCGUCGCCAACUUCGCCGCCUACGAGCGCCCGGGCACCACACCGGGCGCCGGUGGACACGGCACGCGGAAGCUGGGGAAGCACCUGCCGGUGGAGGAGAUGUCACGCUUACUUCGUGGGGUCAUUAGAGUGGUGAAGGCGAUUCCAACCUUCGAAGACGUGGAUGUGGCAAACACCAUGACCUUGCACGCGCUGCGCUUCAUUUGCAAUUUGUUGGCCUUUGAAGUGGACUUCAUCACUGCGGAGCUACAACAUCUGAACUUCCUGGAGGAGGCCAGUAAGCUCUUCGAGUAUUGGUUCCACGACGAGGACAAGAUUGAGGAUGACAAGCUCUACAUCCAAACCUUGCAAAGCUUCAUCUUGCUCCUACGCAACUGGUCCUGUGGCUCCUGCCGUGCAGAAACGAAGGUGCGCGAGCGGAAGGAGAACGCCAGCAGUAAGGAGGAAAGGGACUCCGCUGGGAGUUUGCUGAAGGUUUUCAAGUCUGGCAUCAACGUGCCAUACUUGAUCACUCUCACGAUGAGGUUCUCCAAAGUCCUGAUCUCCGGACGACGCAGUGUGCCCAACAAGGAAGAAGAACGAGAGAAGGUCAUUGGAGAUGUCUUAGUGAUCCUGCAAACCUUGCUGAAGCGCACAGAUAGCCUACAGAACAUGAAUUGGGAGAAGGUGGACAUCAUUGACUACGAAAACUUCUUGCACAUCAUCAAGAUUCAUCGCCUGAAGACCAGCGACAUACUGGAAGACGAACAGAUCCUCAAUACGCUCUACCUGAUGGUGAAGCAGGCCUUCCCCUUUAAGGGCUUGGUCUUCUUGGAAUAUCUCAUGGAAGUGGCGUAUGGCGACCACCGAGAAGAGCACACUACGCUGCAGGACAUGGCGGCAGUUUGCUGUGCCAUCAUCUCCACACAGAACGCCACAGACGCCUCCACGCCGACGGUGAACGUGGCCAGUGUGGUCAAGGACAAUGCGGCCUUUGUCCAUGCGCUGGAGCGUGUCCCGGACCCCAAGAUGCAGAUUUGGCACUACCGGCUUCUCACAGGUUGGAGUCGCCGACCGAAGGCCUUGGAUGACUUGGUGGGCGACACCGAAGCCUUGCGCUUUGUGGUGGAGCACCUCUUGGAGACACAUCUCUGCCGCUAUAGUGUGGUGAUCGUGCACAACAUCAGUAUGCUCCGCAGUUCGGCGCUGUUGACCUGUCCGGGGCACCUCUCCACGAUCUGCGAAGCCUAUCGACAGCUGGGCCCGGGCGCCACGCUCCACCGUGGCGAUGAGAAGCAACGGCGCCUGGUGCGGCGCUUGUUGUUGGCCGCGGUGCGCAACUGCCUUUGGAACUCCUCCAACGUGCAGAAGGAGCUGCAUGAGGAUGAUAUGCUCAACAUCAUCAACUUGGUCUCCUGCAUCGAGGAAGCUGACUUGCCUUUCUUCAUGGCCGUGAUUCUCUACAUCAGUGAAGGCUGCGAGAUCAAUCGCGUUCGCGAGGCCAUGUAUGGCAAUGCUCAGUUGCUGGAGUUGAUGGUGCGAUGUAUGUAUCAACAGGCCACGGCAUGUGUGGUGGAUUUGGAGGAGGAAAACAAGUACGAGAGUAGCAUGUACGGCCUCAUCACCGAGGAGGAGGCCCAGCGCGCGGAGCGCUACGAUGCGCUCAUGGAGCACUCCGAGGCGAUCGCCAACGCGCCGAAGAAGCAGACGGAAGCGUACAAGAAGUUGCUGGCCAUCCCAGGAUCCCCUGCAGCCCGGGGCCUGGGAAAAACAGCGAGCUUGUAUCAGAGGAGCCGCCGCAAGGGCACGCAUCCAGCGGCUGGAGUCCGGGGGGAGGUCACCAUGAACACGACCGGCACGGCCUCGCGCAAGCUCUCAGAAGUGGAAGAACGCCGCGGGCAACAAGAGUUUCUCUACUUCGCAGCCGUCGAGCUGUUGACCUAUGGCACCUUUGCAGGCGACGACCACGACCGGCGCUUCCCGCCGCCGCCGACGGCGGAGCCGCACCGGGCAGAGGUGGCGGAGGCCUUGCACAAGGCGUUCCAACGCUUUACGCUGCAGAACUUCUUGAAGAUUUUGGCCGAGCAAAUUCAGCAGCACAAGAAGAUGAAGGUGGUCUUGUCAGACAUGUUCAUGCACGUCUCGACCAAGUUCCUCUGGCACUGCUGGACGCAGCCGAUCUUCACCGGUUAUGUGAACACUGCACAAAACCUGGAGAUCUUAGCCCAGUUGGUGCCUUUCAUGAUCAGUUGGCCCAACCACGAUGUGCAGAUGAUGAUCGGUGACGUGUGCCUCUACGCGGGGCUGCACCGCUUCCCCGCGGUCUGCGACAUCUUGAUCGCCGAGUACCGCGAUUAUCCCGAGCUCUCGUGCGCCAUGUUGACGCGCUGCAUGAUCAGUCCAGUGGAAGAGACCGGGCUACGACCCAAGCAGGCGGUGAACUUCCUGAAGAUCUUCGUUUGUUUGCUACGAGACCGGGCCUUGUCUCAUACGGGUUUGAAGCGCCUGGCCAUCGGCCUGGAGACCGCCUUAUUGAUGGACAGCCCCAAGGCCUGCGGGCUGCGCAUGCGGCGUUUUUCGGGCAGAAGUCCGGCUGGGGAGCGGUUCAAGUGA